CGCGGCCGUUGAGGUAUUGCGACUAUUGCUGCAGCUCGACGGAGAUCUUCUGUAGGUUUCUUGCUGAUCACGCAUGACUUCCUUACUGUUUCUAUUCUCUCACUUCUGUACACUGGAGCACCGAUGAUAGCCUUCACAUGAUGUGAAGUAGGAGCAUACCACGAGCCAUCGGCGUAAAGGAACGAGUGACGCAGCACGAAUAGCGGAAAGCCGAAGACGUCCGGAGGAGAGAACAGAGAGGAGGACGCGAUGGCAGCGACAACGUACACCUUUUCGCCCGUCACAGACACGGACCGCGCAGGCGUGGUAUGGGUCGCUGCGAUCCUGUCGUUGAUGUUCACCGUCAUCACUUUGGCUACGCGAUUCCAGAUCAAGGCGCAUGCCCUCGGGAAAGAUGACUACCUCAUCGGACUAUCAACACUCGUGGCUGUCGCGCAAUACAUCGCAAUCUUCGUCGGGUUGAAUCGAGGCGUGGGACGGAGCAGCACGUUGCUGACGGAAAGCUAUGCGCAAACGCUGGGUCGCUCCGUUCUGGCGAGUGAGAUUCUGUUCAUUGUGUCCAUGACGCUGAGCAAGUUGGGCGUGGUGGUGUUCUUGAAGAGGCUGUUAUCGCGGGAUCACAGUGCUGCGUGGAUGGCCUGUCAGGUGGCUGUCGCUUUGACAGUGGCAUGGGGAGUGGGAAGCGCGUUGGGGAUCAGUGUUGAAUGUGGUCCGAACCGCAUUCUCUACGGUCCAACGCGAUGCGUGCACAAGCUCCUCCGCUGGGAACUCGUCAUCAGCUUCGACGCCGUCCUCGAAUGCAUCUACGUCGGCCUGGCCAUCUGCCUCGUCUGGCCCCUCCAAAUGAAGCGCAGAAUCAAAACCACCGUUGUCUUCGCCUUUGGCUUCCGCCUCAUAUGCGCCGUCUUCGCUGCCCUCCACGGAGUCUGGAUAGACAAAUACGUCGACUCCGACGACCCCGGUCUCGCAAUCGCAGACGUCCUCGUCUGGCAACAAGUCUGUCUAGGCUACAGCUUAAUUGCAACCACAAUCCCCACAAUCAAAACCUUCGUGCGAGGAUACAAUAAAGAGCUCGGAUACGAUCCAUCUUCAGAAAAGAGAGGUCUUGGUGGAGGAUACAAUUUAGGCAGCCUCGUACGCUCUAUCAAUCGCACAGGACCCGAAAGUGGUUCGGGAGGCUCGUCGAGACAACAGAGGAGUAACGCUUCGCGAAGCGGACAGAGGAGUUUCGCUUCACGGAGUCGACAGGAUCAGGAAAAUGGGAAUUAUCAAAUGGGGCCUAAGAGUGGGGAUUAUCGGGUCGGGGCUUUUCAUGAUACGAGUAAAGGGAAGAAUGCGAAGAGGCCGCCGAGUGGGAUAUUUGAGAGUGAUGAGGAUCCGAUUAUUAGGAGGGAUGUGAGUGUUACGGUGGAGACGGAGAGGGCUUCGAGGACGAAUUCGGAUUUGGGGGUGUAGAUGCCAGAUAUUUGUGUCCUGUGUUGUGUGUUGAUUGGAUAAAGAGCGUGGCGUUGGGAGGCGUAUGUAUAAGCCGCUUGGGGUAUACCAUCUGUCUUUGAGUAAUUGAGUUGCAGUGCAGAUAGUUCUACAGGAGAUGAGUGAUGUGUUAGCAGAUGAAGAAUUGACCAGUUCGAUCGAUCCUUCGACCCAAUCCAGCCUCCAGACUAUCCAUCAACUCCUCUUCGUCUACACCACAUACCCUCACUUCUUUCUUCAUCUCCCCAUCGACCUACCACUCAAACUCCCACCCCUCCCCCAAUGGUCUAUCCUCCUCAUACCCUUCAGGAAUACCAUCUUCCUGCCACUCCAUAAUUUCAAACAUCCAAUCUAAUCUCCUUAAUAACACUUCCAGAGUCCCAAAUGCAUCUUUCCCUUUUUUCUGCUCUUCAUCCAAAACCUCUUGAACCUCCCCUCGAAAUUCCGGUCUUACUCCAAACCACGUCUCAUCACCGUAGGUUGUAUACUGCUUGACUUCCAGAACUUGCCGAUUUUUGAGAUUAAGUGAAAUCAUAUAUCGAUUCGGCCAGUCGAGGCCGUAGCCGCAGAGGGAGAGGGAUUGGAUUUGAUUUAUGAGGGAGGGAGGCGUUUGGAAGAGCCAGUGGGAGAAGGCUCUGUAGGGUUGAGUUUGUGGUGGGGUGGAGGAUGAUGAGGAAGAUGUUGUUGGUUGAGUGCUUGGUGGGCUGUCUAGUGAAGGAGGCCAAGGAGAGGAAGGGUCGAAGGCAGGAGGAUACAGUGAGCCUUGAGCUUUAUAGUAUGGACUGUUGAUAUCCAAGAAUAAUGGAUCUGUUUCUUUCCUUGGGGAGAAUUCAUUGUGGAUGAGCCAGAAUUCGUUUUCGGCGUAGAAGAUUGGGAGGGAUUCUUUGCGGAUGAGGCGGGAGACUCGUGUAAUGGGUGGUUGUACUGGUCGGUAAUCCUUGCUGUCGUCACGCAUUGGUAAAGGAUGUUUUAAACGUCGGGAGCAGAGCAGGUCUCGUGGACUUGCUGCUUUGAGGGUUGAGCGCUGUUUACGAUAUUUCUUUUUGGUUUGCUCUUGACAGCGGCCGAUGAGGAAAGGGUGGUCUUCGAUUACUAGGUGGUGGUAGAUUUGGAGGCGGAGUUCUGCGGAGAGGAAGAGGAAUGGGGAGGGUGAUGGAUCACGUGUCUCCUCGGUGUGGGCUUCUGAUGCCAUGAAAGGGAGAAGUCUUGUCGACUUACGCGAUCAUAGAGGAUGUAAUGGGUCUACUGAGUCCAUUCCUCGGAGCUCGUGCAAGAACUGAAGUUGUGACGUUGGCGGGGUGCUUGGAAGCAAUAGACUCGAAGUAUGCAAAUGUGAAAUGUGCUUCGAAGGAUUCAGGCACCACUCGAAAGCCGCUGGCGU